UCUUAUGUAGACCACCACCGUUCCAUGGUGAAGCCUAGACCUAAUUCCCCAUCUCCCGAUCUCCUCUCCACUCCCAGAUCCCAGCCGCCACCCCCACGACAAUGAGUAGCUGCCGUUGUUUGCCCGGCCGCCACCGCUAGCUCCCUGCCCCAGCUGCCCACCGCGUCGAUUCGCUGCUAACCCGCCCUGCACGCCGCGGCAGCGCCGUCCGCCCAUCCCAAGUGCUCGAGCUCCCAAUCGUCCAACGCCCUAGCUACCCCCUAUGGCAUUCUUGGAGCCCAUGUCCGCUGCCAACGGCACCGGAUCUGGUGACAGCGACGCCACAUCCACGGCCUCAUCUCCGCCGGCCAGUCUGCGUCUCCGACAUCCCGAGCAAGAGGUGCCUGGCCGGCGACCUGACUACGGGCUCCCACGACCGGCAACGACUCUGACGGUGGCACCUCCGUGGAGCAGCAAACUGACCCCCAAGCACGGACCACCUUCCUCUCCAGAUCGCAGCAGUGACUUGCCUUCUCUGCAGUAUGGACUGUAUCCAUAAAGAGCUCCAGGAGCUUGUUGCACUUGGUCACCGUAAGGUUAUAUUGGCUCCAUGGGUAGUUUCAUGUAUUGGGACGCUCUUCAACUUUACGCUCAUUUGCAUUCUUGUAGUCUCAUGGAUUUCUAUAAUAUUUGAAUACGCAGUGCUGAUGGACAGGAAGAACAAUGCCUGUCAUUCAGAUAAUUUGGUGUUCACUCGCUUGCGGAGAUUGGCAUAGGGAACAAGUCUUUUGGUUCAGCUCAAAACAUUAUGAUUUUGGACUAGAUAUCAACUACUCUUUGUUCUUACCGUGACUUGGCCAUAUGAUAUGGUUGCAAGCGAUUCUAGUUGUUGUUUCCGUCCCAUUAAUGUAAAUGUGACUUACAGUUACAUUGUUUUUAUCCAUUUUGUGAUUGAAAUGCAGUUAGUUAAUUUUGUGAA